GUCAACGCCAGCGUCGGUUCUGAUGGGACGCAAAGCAUGUAGAUUAUUUCUGCACAUUAGGCUUAAUAGGAAAAAAAAGCUCUGGUCAGUUUUAUCCUGAAAUGUAUCUUUUAUUUGCAAUGUGUGCUGAGUGCCAAGUCGGCGGAUUGUAUGCCUUUUGAAAGGAGGAGGGGAAUCGUAAAGGAUUUUACUCAUCGCUGUUGAAUCACUUUCCGUGUUUAUAUAUAUAUAAUUAUUUUAACUAUUUAGGUAUAACACUAUCAGUCGUGGCGGAAUAACUAGAUUUAAUUCUCCUUUUUAAAAAAAUCUCUGCACUGACCUUCACAUUAUUAGGGAAACAUCUGGGUAUUUUAACCUAUUUUAAGGCACCCUGUUAUCUCAAGCGGGUUUUCGUGAGCUCAUUGGAAAAGGUAUAGGGGCAAUAAAGAGGAGAACGCCGGGAAAAUAUAGGGGAAUUUAGGGAAAAAUGCUGCCAUCGCAAGAAGCCUCCAAGAUCUACCAUGACAACUACAUGCGAAACUCCAGGGCCAUCGGAGUACUCUGGGCGAUAUUCACGAUUUGUUUCGCCAUCAUAAAUGUGGUGGUAUUUAUUCAGCCCUACUGGAUCGGGGACAGUGUAAAUACCCCACACGCCGGCUACUUCGGCUUGUUCCAUUACUGCGUGGGCAACGGCAAUUCCAACCGGGAGCUCACCUGCCAUGGCACCUUCUCCGACUUCAGCUCGAUCCCCUCCGGCGCUUUCAAAGCGGCCGCCUUCUUCGUGCUGCUGUCCAUGGUACUCAUCUUGGGCUGCAUCGCCUGCUUCGCCCUGUUCUUCUUCUGCAACACCGCCACUGUCUAUAAGACGUGCGCCUGGAUGCAGCUGCUGUGUGCCGUGUGCCUUGUCCUGGGCUGCAUGAUCUUCCCAGAUGGCUGGGAUGCAGAAGUGGUGAGGGAUAUGUGCGGGCAGGAGACGGGGAAGUACACGCUGGGCAACUGCUCCGUGCGCUGGGCCUACAUCCUGGCCAUCAUCGGCAUCCUGGAUGCGCUCAUCCUGUCGUUUCUGGCCUUUGUCCUCGGGAACCGGCAAAGCGACUUUCUGCAGGACGAAAUUAAGGCUGACAACAAAGAUUUCGCAGUGUCCAGGAUUGAGAUCAGAGACAGCAAGGACCAGCGAUUUGGAGUCCAGAGGUUCCACUGAGCAGAUCCCUGUCUCCGGCCCCUCCCAUCUGGCCACACACCCAACAUCUUCUCCCUUCAUUCCUCCCAUUCCCUCCCAACCCCCUCUCUUCAGGACACACACCCAACCUCAGCCUGAAGAUAUAUACAGCCGUUUGUAAAAUACCACUGGAAUGAAAUAUGUAUAAAAAGAGAAAAUAUUAUACAUAAAUGCAUUUAUUUGAACAAAUUUGUACAGGAAAAAAAUCUACUGCAGCUUUACAAGAAUCAAACCGUGGGAAAUAACAGAAAACAAUACCUUUCUGCUCUUACUUUGAAUACCGAAAAUAAUUACGAUGGCAUUGCCACGGUAUUCUAAUACUCGUUUAAGAUUCAUUUUAUUUACGGUAAUGAUUGCGUUAUGCCCAGCUCUCCAAAAAAAAAAAAAAACAAGAACACGAAGACGGAAAGCAAGCUUAUUUUGCGCAUAAUUAUCAUUACAGACAAGGCACGGCGACCUGGUUGCCACUUCAGAAACGUGUGACCAACACAUGCUGACAACGAAGGAAAAAAUGAACGACAGCACACAGAAUAGAGGACGUGCUGAGUAACGCUUCUGAUCUGUACGGGCGGGCUGCUGAAGAAGACUGUGAGUGAGCGGAGUACGGACACGUACAAAGCGUAUUUGAGGAAACAGGGUCACUACUUUGCCAACCACAGGGUAACUCACUUAGUGACCUGCUCGGGUCCCUCUCCGUCCUUUUGCGGCAGGCCAAUGGGGUCAGAACACUCGAUCCGGGCAGGCUUCCCCUAACCGGUCUGAUCUACCGACUACAGCUUACAAAGCAGCCGUGCAGCGCACCGGAGAACCAGUACUGGGUGCUUACGAGACCCCAGCUUGGUUAUAUAUUCUCACGGCUGAUUCCCACAUUAAAAUCUUUAAAUUAACUUUCGUUUCAUUUAAGUGUUUUACGGGGAAGAUUAAAGGGGGAAACGAGUCCUUUUCUAACAGCAUCGACCUUCUUCUGUUGCACUCAUCCAUUUGGUUUAAUUUCGGUCCUUAUCCCGGCGAGAGCGAAGCCCUUGCAUGCUGCAUCCUACUCAGGCCGCCAGGAGAAGCGGUGCCCCGGUCCUCCUGCGAUCGGAGUUACGAGCAACCGAGUCUGUCUCAGCGGCAGCCCGGACGGGCCGCCCCACGCCGUUACAACACUGUGCCGUCUGGAACUGUAGUAGUAUAGUGUGGCAUCUCCGUGACAUCUUAUUCUUGCAGGUCAUUCAUGUAGGACGUGACAAUGCACUUUUUAAUUUAAUUUUUUAUUUUUUAUUUUGGACACUUUCUUGAACAAGUAUUUUAAGGCAGGCAUUGAUGUUACGACAGAUUUUUUUUCUCGGAUAGAAUGCAAUGUGAGUCAAGGGUGAGGAUGUUAUGUGAUGUGUUUACACCCGUCUUUGUCCAGCCCAUUUUACUCCAUUUCGUUCACUACUAUAAGAAAAGUAUGGGGAGAAAUGAAAACUUUGUAUAAACGUUAAGACAAUGUAUACAUUUUUAGGAACAACAAAUUAGUUUGCCAUUUGUCAGUGUGUAGGCUAAUCACAUGGUUUUCAAAAGUAGUUUUAAAAUUUAGGUGGAUCUUUUAGGGAGAACUUUAUAAUAGCAUCUCAAGGAUGACCGAUGUAACUUGAUCAAGUUAAAAUAGACACCUCGGUUAUUUUAAUUCACGCGAGUUUUUAGUUUCAGUUUUGCGAUCAGAAAAUAAAAUAAUCUCAGGAAACUGAUUGUAUUCAAACAAUGUGGGGAACCGAUUGCAUUAAAAAUGUUAGAGACUAGCCCUGCCAAAGACCAGGUCAUUUAUUAGAGUUAUUUGUAGACCUCCCCCCCCACCACCACCACUACUACCACGAGGCAGUCACGAGGGUAGUUAUUUUUUCAUUAUUUUGUUCUAUAAAUUAUUUCUUUAUCAUAGAUAGUGAAAUGCUCAGAAGUUGAGAAUAAUUUAAAAGUUUAUGUACUAUACUUUAUUAUUGAGCCAAAACAGAACGUCUUAAAAGAGAUUUAUGAAUCUGUUAAAAGAAUAAAAUGCUACUUAAAAAUAUAUUUUCACAUUAAUUGCAGCAAGCAAAUAAUUUAGACAUCAUUCCUCUACGUGCAACAAUAAAAAUACAUUCUUGAUAUCCCAAUGAUUAUUAUUUUUUCUCCCUCUGGAGAAACAGGGAAAAUAUUUUGAUCUUGAUAAUAUAGCUUUGCCAUAUGAUAUGUUUAUAUUAAAUCUGAAAUCAGACAAUGAUGCAGCAUAAAAAGAUUUUUUUAACGAGUUGGUGAGUCACAUAGGAAUCAAUUUUAUGCUAAACUCAACCGCGGUAAGGAGGCAAAAAACAUAGACUUCAUAAAUAAUCUAAUACGAAAUCCCUAAGAUUCUUAGCGUAGUGUUAAAGUAGGAUGUCUCCAAGCCUAUGCAGAGCUCUAUUUUUGUUAAAUUCAACUGGGCCUUAGGUGAGAUGGUUUCUCACGAUCAGCUUACACGAUGUAUAUAUGUCCAGGAAACAAUUACCAGAAAACUGAGAAAUUUCACAAUGGUACCUACUGUCUAUAGUGUUUUAUAUCUGGUUACACAUGGUAUUACUCCUUUGUAUGACCGUAGAGGGCAGUGAAGUUGGAAUCACAGUGAACAGAUUACUUAAAAUUCCCAGCCACUGGUAUAAAGUAUUAACACAAUUGUAGUUCACGGACAUUUGGAAAUAUGAAUGUUCUUCAAAUUGAUACUGCCUAAUAGUGGUAAAGCUAAACGUUUAAGAAGAUGCUUUUUAUUAGGAAAAUUGUCAAGGGUCUCUAUUAUAACUAGAUAAUUAGACUUUUCAAUCAAAUGUAAAUCACUUGUCAAAAUAAUCUCUAGUAAUUCCUGCAGCAGGAGCUGAUCUUGUCCACUGUCAUGGUUAGUGACAUGGGGCUCUUUCUUUGCUCCAUGAGGGAGGUGACAGAGGCCCAGCAUCUCUCAGGAACAGCCUGCUGAGUGACUCAAGGUCACAUGAAAGCCUGUCAUAGGUCGUGACAUGUCUAUUUCAAAUCGACAGGAAACACCAUUACCUUUUUCCAUUUACUGGGGGAGGGGGUCAGGGGAAUUUAUGACUUUUCUGGGCACAAGACAGCAGAACCAUAAAAACUGUCCACCUUCAAAGGAUUCUGGGAACGGUCAGCUGGAAACAGACUAAACAUCACCUUCUAAGAUGGUAAACUCCUCAGUAUGGUGCUCAUUUUCCUUCUCCUUGACAACAUUUCCGUGGAGUUCGUGGCAUUCAGACUGCUGCCUGGAGGUGACGUUUCACUCAGGCAACAGUGAAUUUGCGAAAUGAGGAGGAACCGAUGGAGGUGGAGGGAAGGGAUAAAUCGAGAAGAGGAUUUCAAUUCAGGGGCAAAAUGGAGAGUCUUGAGACAGCUUGCACCAUACGAAAAGCACACUGCUGGCAAAGCCCCAUACUUGAUUAUCAUAAACAUGCAAUGCAAAUCUGUUUUCCCAAAAGUUGUCUUCUGCUUAUUUUACUGUCAACUGUAAGAAAAAUACUUCUGGAAUUUUUUUUUUUUUUUUUUUUUUUUUUUUAAAAGUCACACAAAUUUUUUUUUUUUUCUAAAAUAACGUCGUUCAAGUAUAAUUUCUUCAAUGUUUUAAUGUUUUAAGUUUUUAUCUCUCAGUUAUUUUUGAAAAUAAUACAUAAGGAAAACCAACCCACCCAGAAUCAACAGAGCAUUGUGUCAAAAUUGUGUGCUGUUAUUGUUUGGAAAUUAUGUAACUGUGAAACUUGAAAUGAAAUGAAAUGAAAUGUAAUGAAAACCUGUUUUGAGGGUAUUUUGGGAAGACAAACUGAACCGUGAGAGACAAAGCAAGUAGACCUAUUAGGGGAAAGAUUUUCCUUUUCAGAGCUGUUGGGGAUCAGGUGAAAAUGGGAUGAACAAUUUUGAUAGGGAGGGGCAGACAAAAACAAAGGCAUGUCAGGUAGGGGCAAAAACAGCUGAAUGCAACAAGUACUUUAGUGCUACCAGUCUUGCAGAUGG